AUGGGUGACUGCGGCACCCAGAAGAAGCUCUGCUGCUUCGUUGUUUUGUGCCUCCUGGUGGCGGGGAUCACCGGGGGGGCGAUCGGAAUCUACAAGUGGCACCACUCAGGGCUCAACAGGUGGCACGGGAGAGGCAGCACCGCCGAUUUUCAGAAAAUCAUCCAGGAGCGAUGCGACGACUACACCCAGCAGAUCCGGCCGCGUGCCAGAAGCGGAAACUGCCAAGGGAUCCAGCAGGCGUUCACGAGUGCAUUCAUUUCCAAGGAUCCCUGCAAAGCGACAAAGGAGGACUACAAACCCCUGCUAGACCUGGCGUAUCCCACUGUGCCUUGUGACAAGGCUGUCUUUUGGAGCAAAACAAAGGAGCUGGCUCAUGAGUAUGCGAAACGGCGGGGCCUGUUGACCCUGGAGGACACGCUGCUGGGUUCCCUUGCGGAUGGCCUCAGCUGGUGCGGGGAGCCAGGCUCUCCUGAUUUGAACUAUCAGUCUUGCCCAGACUGGAAGAAAGACUGCAGAACCAACUAUUUUUCUGUAUUCUGGGAAGCGCUGUCCGAAAGGUUUGCAGAAAAUGUCUGUGGUACAGUCCAGGUGGUGCUCAAUGGAUCCAUCGAGAACGCCUUUGAUAAAAUGAGCAUAUUUGGACGAGUGGAAGCCCCUAACUUGAGUCCAACGGUUACACUAAAGGCUUGGCUGGUACAUGACCCUGGAAAACCUCCCAGUGACUCAUGCUCUGGCCCCUCUAUAAAGGAACUGGAGUCCAUCCUAAAUCAAAGGAGUGUCAGAUUUAUCUGCAGGGAUAAUCUCAGCCGUGACCAGUUUCUUGGAAGUUUCUGA